AUGGCCGAAGAGGACAGGGCAUUGCAAGAGGAGAAAGCAAAGUUGGAAGAAGCAAGACGAGAUGCAGAAAGGUUUCAACAAGAGGAAAAGGCCAAACUAGAGCAACUAACACGAGAGGGGGAGCUCCAAGCUCAGAGGGAUAGAGAGGAUGCGCAGAGGUUAGCCACACAAUAUCAGGCAGAGUAUGAUGCUGAGUUGAAUAAUGCAAGUCAGGCCUUUGAAGGGCUUCGAAUCGAGAAUAGAGAACAGAGAAUGACGACUCAACAAGAGAUACCACGAGACAAUACUCAGUAUGGCCAAGAUGGACAGCCUUUACCGCCACCUCCUCCUCGACCAGAGACUUACAUGCAAGUUCCUCCGCCGCCGCCACGACCAACAUCACGGGCUCAGAACGAGGGAACGUCAACAACUGCACCAUCUGCUCAUCAGCCAGUGGAGAGCACGAUGAACCCGCCAAUAUCUUCUGUUUCGUCCACGAAUCAGUACCAACCUGCUUCAUCUGACGGUGCUAGAGUCAUCCCUGUACAAGUUUCGACCCAUGGGGAUGCAGCAACACCGCAACCUCAUGCGUGUGGCAUCACACCUAUCGUGGAAUGCUGUAACACGGCCGUGUCAUUCCCACUCGACUGGUUUGCGCACUCAUCUGCCCAUUCAUUCACAAUAUGUAGUCGCUGUUACGUUGAUCACAUUCACGACUCGCCAUUUCGCUCAGAAUUUACGGUCAAACGAUCUCUGGAAGGCGAAUCGCGGUAUUGCAUGUUUGCCGCCCCUCGGGUGACGGAGAACCUGUGGCCGCAAAGUCUUUCAUCGAACAAUUUAAGCAACGUUCUUGAUUACAUGAAGGACAGACAGAAUCUUCCAGCCUGUCCUGAAAAACAACUCCAGCAAAAGCGCAACAGAUAUGUAUCUGAGGACAUUCCAGGCACUACUAUUUGUGAGGCAUGCUUUGAGGAUUACCUGAGACACACUCCAUUUAGUUCGCGGUUCAAGCUACAGCAAGGGGAGACGGUCGGCGAGCAGUGGUAUUGUGAUUUUAGUGUUUGGUUUGUUCGCCGUACGCUGGACGACAACGUCAAGACAGGAACCUGGGAGAAGUUCUGUGACGAUGUGAAGGCUCGUUUGCAAAUGCCAGAGUGCCCUAAGCUGGUGAACACCCUCAUUAGCCAACGUGGGUGGUAUAUUGCAAGUCGAGGCCCUCCGGGGUUGCAAGUCUGUCAUACCUGUUUCUGUGAUUAUUUCUUUGGCACUCCUGCUGCGAGUUUCUUUGCCGCUGGAACACCAGAAGGGCCUAAUGGUACUGCUAUUUGCGUUAUGGGCCAUUUGAAUCUCCUGCUGCCAACCAUGAGAGCUUCUAGCAAGGAGGAUUGGGAGAUAUUUUGGACAGCCAUGGAUCAGCUUGGGGCCAAUCCAAUCUGUUCUGGAACUGGCACAACUAAUGCUGUCUGGUUCACAACGAAGAAUAACCCUGCCGAUUUUUUGAUAUGCGGUGCUUGUAUGGGCUCCAUUGCAACAGCCUUGGGAGGUGCCCGCCACUUUAUCCUCAAACCAGGGACCUCCAGAAGCGAUACAUUUAUCUGCAAUUUCAAUACAAGCAAAUCACGUUGGCAGCAAUUCCUCCAAAACUUUAGCGAGGUAUUGUUGACCGGCAGGCCUGAUUCGUUAGAGCAGGCUGCAGAAACAUGGGCAAGCGUGCCAUCAUGUCCGCGAUACGACCGCAAGAAACCUGGAAACAGAAAGUGGUGGGGUUGGGAUGAUCUACAUAUCUGCGAAGAAUGCUACAUAGCAUUUGCCAAGGGCACAAAAUUCGAGGCACAGUUUCCCAUGAAAGCAUUGUUCGUGGAGAAGUCUCGCAUAUGCGAUUUGUACUCACCUCGGAUGCGUGCCUUAUACACCGAAGCAUGCCAAGAAGAUACAUUGCCAGCUUUGUUAGAAUUUGCCCAUAAGAGAAGGCUCAUAUUCCUCGAGACGAUCCCGCAGUGUGAGGAGAUUCUCAUGGCUCAGUUUAUGAAGGCGCAGCACGCCGAGAUGCUUGGAAUCACGGGCUCAUUCUACAAGGCCAUGGGAGGAGCGCAGGCCGCAAUAAAUGGAUAUGACUACAAUGUGGGCAAUGCUCAAGUAGGCUAUGGGUGGAAGAAUGAGACUGAGUUCACGGGUGCGAUGUACGAUCACCAGAUGAGACAAGUAGCUGGGGAGGUUGGCAACGGAGGACCUGUCAUGAUGAUUCGGCUCUUGGAGGAGAGAUGGAAACAGGUGGAGUGA